UUUGAAAUAAGUAUCCCAUAAAAGGCUGAACUUGAGUAAUGCAAAUCGCACACUGUGUGCGUAUGGAUGGAGAGCGCGACUUUAUUUGUUCUUUUGUUUGUUUUAACAAGUAAUCGCAAAGAUGAAAUAAUGACAUGGACCAAAAGCUCAACUUGCUCACUGAAGAUGAUCGCACAGAAAUUUAGUUGGAUUUUUCUGCUUCAUUUUGAAGUCAUUAGCGGCCAGCACACGUACGUCUUUGCCAGGGCCGGGGAUGUGGCCAUUCUGCCCUGCAAGCGGUCCUCCUGCUCUGGCUUGGGCUGGUCGUACAGUCCGGGCCGGAGCUCUUUUGUACGCGAGGUGGAGAACGGCCGAGUGCUGACCACCUCAGCCAGAAGUCAACGCCUCAGCCUGAAGGACGACUGCUCGCUGCUCGUUGGUCAGGUGGAGGCAGAUGAUUCUGGUUUCUUUACAUGUGUACAAAAGGGACAGCCAGAACUCAACGUUUUCCUGACGGUGAUGACAUUGACAUCAUCGUCUCCUCGGGAUUCUGAUUCAACGGGAGAGGGUCACGUGAUCCUGAAGUGUUCCUUGGCCUGCUGGCCAGGUAUGAGGUGUUCUUGCAGGCAGGGGAGGCUCCGCUGGAUGGACGAGGAAGGCCAGGAGCUUUACCCGGAAGGCACCCAGCAGAAGACUGCAUGACCUUUUUCAAAGUACUUCCUGUUUACCGUAACAGGAAUUACGCGUGCCAAUACGUGCACAGAGAUGACGUGAAGGUCCAGGCCCAUUACACAGCUGUCUUCAAAGAGGUCAACACAAGAGGUCCUGGAGGUCCGCCGCCCGGUCGCACCCGGCUCAUCAAUAUCAUUCGGGUGGCCGUCGCCGUCUCGUUGGUGAUCGUCUUCGUUUUGGCCGUCGUCCACAUCAAGACGAAGUUGAGAAGAAACACAGCCCAGGAUACGACUAGAUCGUGAGGCACAGCUCCCGUAUACAGAGGGAAGAGGCCGAGUUUUACAACACUUCUUAGACAGUGGAGUGUUCAAGAGCGUUAAUAGAUUUGUUCUCAGGCUAUACACUUUAAAUUGCGCAGUGGCGGGGAGUGGCGUGUGCGCAGUGUGUGAUCGCAGAGGGCGACACUCCCCGCUCCCCGUGGACGAAUGGAUUUACCAUGUGCAGUUGACGCUCACUUAGUAUUUGGACCAGUUUUGAACGGUAACAUUUUUCCAUCAGCACCCCCUGCACCUGAUAAUGACUUUGCCCAACAUGGUGCCCCCCUUAUAUUGAUGAUUAUUCUCUUUAAUUCUUAUUCCACAAACGCAAUAUUCAUCAGAAUAGCGUGUUUUGACCAGUGAUUAGCGCAUACAAUGAAUUCUUGCUUUGGAAAUUUUGGGGUUUAGUUCUCCUUUAAUGGUCAUGUUAAACAUUACCUACUUGUUUUCUUUUUAAAAUGUAUUUCGAUAUUAAUCAACACAUUGAUGAUUUUUACUUUUUUUUUCAGAAGCAGAGAUUUUAAUUUCUGUCCCUCAGCCAAUGUUUUGCUUUGAUUUACGAGCAAACGUUUGAGAUACGAGUACGGUGGCAGUAAACUCAACUCUAUUCACGUUACAAUAAGCAGCAGUUUGGCGGACAUGCAUCUUCUUCUUUUCCUUUCGUCUUGUCCCGUUAGGGGUCGCCACAGCGCGUCAUCCUUUUCCAUGAGAGCCUAUCUCCUGCAUCCUCCUCUCGAACACCAACUGCCAUCAUGUCUUCCCUCACGACAUCCAUCAACCUUCUCUUUGGUCUUCCUCUAGCUCUCUUGCCUGGCAGCUCCAUCCUCAUCAUCCUUCUACCAAUAUACUCACUCUCUCUCCUCUGGACGUGUCCAAACCAUUGAAGUCUGCUCUCUCUAACUUUGUCUCCAAAACAUCGAACCUUGGCUGUCCCUCUGAUGAGCUCAUUUCUAAUUUUAUCCAACCUGGUCACUCCGAGAGCGAACCUCAACAUCUUCAUUUCCG